AUGACUAGGAACGGGGAGAAGCAGUCCGCAGAAAACGAUGGGCAAAAGCCAGGGGAUGGAGGUUCAGAGACAGCUCCUUCAGACCCAGUAACAGAACGUGAUGCACAACUUAAAGAGAUGAGCACAAAGAAUAAUCAAACACCGCCAAAGGGUGCAGAUGGAUCCCCAGCAACUGCCAGCCCAAAAAAGCGUCGCAAAGUCAAUCAUGCCUGUGUCUAUUGCCGACGUUCGGUGAGCACUAACACACCAAGACCGCCAUGGAAUACAAAGGAAUUUGCUUGGCUAACAGUAAGGGAAUUCAAUUCUGCUCGAGGUUGGACAGCAUAUGACCUGCGAUUCGCAAAACAGGAACGACCAUGCACUCGCUGUAUAAAACGCAACAUAGGCCAUCUCUGCCACGACGAACCUAGAGAAAACGUCAAGCGGUUAAAGACCGAGCAGGAGGCUUCUGCGCCAGAAGAAGAGGGUCCAUCGAGGAAUGACUUUGCGGGAAUUCAAAAUAUGCCACGAAAAAUUGAUACGCGCGAAAUAAACCAAGUGCUUCGUGAUUCUAAUAUUCCAAAUUUGUCGACUUCGAUCGAUCAUUCUCAAGCUUCCCAAGCCCAGGGCAUCUCCGCCGCACCAGUUCAGCCGGUUAAUGUCAACCCACAACAUCUUAUGAGUUUCAAUGAUUGGCGGUUAGGGGCACAUAACCAAUUCCAAGACAUGCACACAUUCCAUCCAUCAUAUAUGUUCAACCAUCCGGAAGUUACAAACGAGUAUAAUCUGCUUAACGACUUCCUGAGCACAAGUUUGCUAGACGACGCCUCCAUGUAUCCUGGGGAAGAAAUUUCUGGUCCUUAUUCGGAUGCAUCAUUGCUCAAUUCCAUGGUUGCCAAUAUACCACCACAGAAUAACCAAUCUAUUUUUCAACAGCAGCAACAGCAACAGCAACAGCAACAGCAGCAGCAACAGCAUCACCAACAGCAACAGCAGCAACAGGCUAUGUUACCACCACCAUUGCUUGCGGCCCAAUCCCAAAACUCCACCGUCGGCAACUCAAUUCAACGCCCCAGUAGCAGUGUUGGAAAUGAAAAAGCCAAAGAAACAUACUAUAUGACAGCAGCUGACCCUUCGGGCACUGAUCCGCCAGAGGAGAGGAUGAACAAGCUUUUGAAAGCCAAGUACGAUGCCGGCUUGCUAAAGCCUUUCAACUACGUCGGUGGCUACGCCCGCCUGAAUUCAUAUAUGGAGAAACAUCUAGAGCCUGCAUCGCGACAAAAGAUCCUUCGACAACUCGAUAAAUUCCGUCCCAAGUUUCGCGAACGAAUGCAGUCGCUGACUGAUAUGGAGUUGUUGGUUGUUGAGAUGUGGUUUGAGCGUAGCUUGAUGGAGUAUGAUCGUGUCUUUGCCAGUAUGGCUAUACCGGCUUGUUGCUGGAGGAGAACUGGCCAGAUUUUCCGGGGGAAUAAAGAGAUGGCUCAACUUAUUGAUGUCCCUAUUGAGUCUUUGCGAGAUGGUAAACUUGCAAUCCACGAAAUCAUCGUCGAAGACCAGCUAGUCAGCUACUGGGAGAAAUUUGGAGCGAUUGCAUUCGACAGUACCCAGAAAGCAAUGCUUACGAGUUGUACAUUGAAAAGCCCGAAUUGCAACAGUCGGGCAGAAGGAAUUAAGUGCUGCUUUUCAUUUACGAUCCGCCGUGAUACCCACAACAUACCGUCGCUUAUUGUUGGCAAUUUCCUCCCUAUGAAACGAACAGAUCGAUGA